AUGCAGCGCAAGUUUAUCGAGAGCACGGGCAACGUCGUGUUCUGCAAGGACAUGCGCGACGAGGUCGUGCGGGAGUACUCCUCUGCGUCGCCCGUCGUGCAUACACCCGUCCCACCAAGGAAGUGGCAUUCACCUCCAGGGACUCGCUUCCCCGCGUCUGCCGGUGGUCGCCACAUUGCACUCCCUUCCCCUGCCACUCACUUCCUCGAUCUAGGUCCCACACCCCCUCGCUUGUUUCGUGUGCUCUCCCCGCCGCUCAACGUCAUGCAUCUGUGGAUUGCUGCCUCACGCGCCCCUGGUGAGUCUCGCCCCACUCCCUAUCACACCCUCUCGUUCUGCCUCUAG